AUGGAGUUCAGUUCAUGUCCGAAGCCGCAGCUCUCCUCCAGAGCCAACGCGUUCUCCAUCGCGUCCCUCAUCUCCAGCAGCAAGGCCAAGGACGCGGAGAGCGAGGAGAACACCAUCAAACCCCUGGAACAAUUCGUGGAGAAAUCUCCGUGUGUGGAUCGGGCUGGUCUGGACCGGAUGGGUACGGAGCGGGUUGGUAUGGAGCGGGCAGUAGACGGGGAGGUGGAGGUGGAGGUGGGUACGGAGCCGCUGAUGCCCUGCAGCCCCGCGGUACCCAGCGAGCACAUGGCCAACAUCAGCUGCAGCCUGGAGACCAAAGAGCUGUGGGACAAAUUCCAUGAUCUCGGAACCGAGAUGAUCAUCACCAAAUCCGGGAGGAGGAUGUUUCCCACUAUCCGGGUCUCGUUCUCCGGUGUGGAUCCGGACUCUAAGUACAUCGUUCUGAUGGACAUCGUCCCGGUGGAUAAUAAGCGGUACCGGUACGCCUAUCACCGCUCCUCCUGGCUGGUGGCGGGAAAAGCGGAUCCUCCCUUACCUGCCAGGUUGUACGUUCAUCCUGAUUCACCCUUCAGUGGGGAGCAGCUCCUCAAACAGAUGGUUUCUUUUGAGAAAGUGAAGCUCACCAACAACGAACUGGAUCAACACGGACACAUCAUCCUGAACUCGAUGCAUAAGUACCAGCCGCGCGUCCACAUCAUUAAGAAGAAGGAACACACGGCGUCGCUGCUCAACCUCAAAUCAGAGGAGUUCCGCACCUUCAUCUUCACCGAGACCGUGUUCACCGCCGUCACCGCCUACCAGAACCAACUGAUCACCAAGCUGAAGAUCGACAGCAACCCCUUCGCUAAAGGCUUCAGAGACUCGUCCAGACUCACCGACAUUGAGAGGGAGAGUGUGGAGAGUUUAAUCCACAAACACUCGUACGCUCGAUCACCCAUCCGCACCUACACCGGCGACGAGGAGCCACUGGGAGAGGAUACACUCUCCACACACUCCAGGGGUUCUGCCUUCACGGCGUCUGAUAAUCUCUCUCUGAGCUCCUGGGUCUGCGGCUCCUCCGGCUUCUCCGGCUUCCAGCCCCCACAGUCCCUGCCACACCCCAUCCAGGGAUCCCUGCCUCCGUACGGCAGGCUGGCCAUGCCCAUCGCCGCCCCCACGCUGACGGGCGCCGGCGGGCCCAGCUUCCCUUCCUUCCACAUGCCACGUUACCAUCACUACUUCCAGCAGGGUCCGUACGCCGCCAUCCAGAGCCUGCGCCACUCCUCCACCGUCAUGACGCCCUUCGUGUGA